UUGGUUUCUAUUGUCAGGGCCUUUUUCGGUUUCUUGCAGUCUGUUGUGAAUUGUGAUGGUGAAUGAAGGAAGAGUUCGGCAAACUCAAUGCGGGAGAUCGCUAUGGUGGAGAAUUCAGAUGAAAGUCAGAGUGGGUAUGUAAUUGUCGGCGUUGUCAAGAGCUUGAGUAGAAGUUUCAGCAUUUUGGUUAUAACCAGCCUAUAUCUGCGAAACACUACUUUAUGCCUGCCCAGAGCAGACAGCAAACCGGAUGGGAAAGACUUAUCAUAAUCGCUGGGAUAAUCUCCAUUCAGAG